AUGGCAUCAAUACUCUUCAAUAUCCCUCGGGCCUUUGCUAGAGGGCCAGUCGCAUCUUUGAAUUCGUCUCGUUCCAUACCCUUUAUGCGCUUUUUGUCACAACGACCGAUCCCCCCUCGGGUUUCCCAACAAACCAAGAGUGCUGGCGGAAACCCUCCUCAGCCAGACCCUCCUCAGGAAAAUAAGCAAUUUUCGGUUGGAAAUUGCGAAAAGUGCCCCAAGUAUGCAGCCGGAGCGUUACUCUUCUUUGUCGUUUUCUGGAUGUCGAAUAAGGCGAAAUACCGGGUUCCUAGGUCAGAAUUUUCCAAGGACUUCGACAUUCCUCAUACAGAGGAAACGCCUACUCUCUCACAGCUGCCUAGAUACAGGACCUGA